UAUUGUAUGUAAAUGAAUGUGUAUUGAUAUUAAAGUCAAAAUUGUUUGUUUUCCAUUCUCAAUAUGUUUUCAAUAUUAAAGAUCAUCCGUUUGGGCCGUUGCCUUUCGGGUAUUCGACGCGGUCUAAGCCAAUCUAACCCGCUCACACCUCGCAUACUUGCUGCCAUCGACUUUGACAAAACCAUCAUAGAGCAAGACUCAUAUGUGGCAGUAAGCCAACUGUUACCGCCCAAGCAAUGCAAGGAACUGGUGAACCUAAUCCCUAAGAGUGGUUGGUUGGGUUUCAUAUCCCGAGUGCUGCAGCUAUUACACAGUGAGCACAAGGUCAACUACGCGUCGGUGGGAAUGCGUGUGCGCCAUCUCCAGGCUGUUCCAGGGAUGCUGAGGGUCUUACGACAGUUGGCCAGGAACCCAGAAGUUGACCUGUGCAUCGUCAGUGACGCCAACUCUUUCUUCAUCGAAGAAUGGCUAAAACAAUACGCCAUUGAGUGUCUCUUUGCUGGAGUGUUCACCAAUCCCGCCUGCAUCCAGGCGAGCGGUGAAGUGCUGGUACUACCAUAUCAGGAACAGACCGACUGCGAGCUGUGCCCAUCCAAUCUUUGUAAGGGGUCCGUGCUAGAGGAGCUCAUCAGCAGCGGACGAUAUAAGCGAGUGGUCUACGUGGGCGACAGUUGUAAUGACCUGUGUGCUAUGAAACGGCUGCGGGCAAAAGACAUUGGCUGUAUUCGACGUGGGUACGAGAUGUAUGGGAAAAUGGCCGCCCACGCAGGGGACCUAUCCUGCUCUGUGGUGACCUGGCGCGACGGCCAUGAACUGGAGAUGCUUUUGAUGCCCAAAAUCGUAUCAUAG